GGAGGCGGCGGGGCAGCAACAGCGGUGAGCGGGUCCUCAUGGCCUAGAAAAAUCCUGCAAAAAUGUCUCUGUACCCAUCUCUUGAAGACCUGAAGGUAGACAAACUUAUUCAGGCUCAAAAUGCCUUUUCUGCAAACCCUGGCAACCCAGCAAUUUUGUCUGAAGCUUCUGCUCCCAUUUCUCAAGAUGGAAAUCUAUACCCUAAAUUGUAUCCAGAGCUCUCCCAGUACAUAGGCUUGAGUUUAAAUGAAGAAGAAAUCCAUGCAAAUAUGGCUGUGGUCCCUGGAGCACCAGUUCAGGGGCAGUUGGUAGCAAGACCUUCCUGUAUGAACUAUAUGGUGGCUCCUAUAACUGGUAAUGAUGGUGGAACUCGUAGAGCAGAAAUUAAGCAAGGGAUUCGUGAAGUCACUUUGUGUAAGGAUCAAGAUGGAAAAAUUGGGCUCAGGAUUAAAUCAAUAGAUAAUGAUAUAUUUGUUCAGCUGGUCCAGGCAAAUUCUCUAGCCUCAUUGGUUGGUCUGAGAUUUGGGGACCAAGUACUCCAGAUCAAUGGGGAAAACUGUGCAGGCUGGAGCUUUGAUAAAGCACACAAGGUGAUCAAACAGGCUUUUGGAGAGAUUACUAUGACAGUUACCAUGCACAAGGAUAGUACUGGACAUGUUGGCUUUAUCUUUAAAAAUGGAAAGAAAACAUCCAUAAGGAAAGAUAGUCCUACAACCAGAAAUGGUCUUCUCAUAGAACAUAACAUCUGUGAAGACAACGGGCAGAAUGUCAUUGGGCUGAAGGAUUCUCAAACUGCAGACAUACUGUCAAUAUCUGAGACUGCAGUUACUAUUAAAAUCAUGCCUGCUUUUAUCUUUGAACAUAUUAUUAAAUGGAUGGCACCAAGCACUAUGAAAAGCCUGAUGGACCACAUCAUUCCUGAGGUUUAA